AUUUAUACUUUAUGGUAUUAGUAGGCUGCUUCUAAGUAAAGGACCUGUUUACUUCUACUUGGACACCAACAAGAGAAGUGAAUUGAUUCCUUUUGCCACGGGCCAUCAAUAAUUCAGCCUCCUCCUACACAUCCGCUAAUGUGCGGCUGCAUUCCUGCACAGCAGCUGUCAUCUCUGUGCAAUAAGAAAGAGGCGCUGCUGUCAGCCUUUUUCAAUGACAUCACAGCCGAGUGCGAGCUUUCCAACAUGGCGUCCAGCCGGGUGCUGGAGAGGGAGGUCCAGGAGGAGCCGAGGCGCGCUGCCACCGCAAACACCGACUUCUGCCUCCACAAAUACUCCCUGCUCAUCAUCAUCGGACGGACUGCUCCCCCUGGACACACGGGUCACAUCAGUGAGGAAAUAGAGCGAGGUAUCCGGUCCUGGGAUGUCGACUUACAAUCGUGUAAUCUGAACCUCUUUCUCCAAGAGUUUCUGUCCCAUCAUACGGCGUCUUUCAAGGGUGCAGGGCAGAAGUGCCUCCGCCACAGUACCAGAGUGUUGGACACUCAGGUGCUGAUCAGUCCAGCUCAAGACCAGGUUCACCCAGAGGUGUUGGCUCUGCUGUCCAGGGAUUCUGCACACAAGCUGCUGAUCUUGGCUGGCCAGAGUGUGGAGGAGAGCGGAGAGCUGCUGUUUCAUAGAGGGCUGUUUUCACCACAGCUGCUGAAACAGAUACUAACCGAGCAGUUUAUAAAUCAAGAGGUCCCUGCCACCUCCUCCAAACUCCGUCUGACCCUCAGCUGUCCCAACAUCGGCCACUGGAGGAAGACUCUGUUGGAAAACCAGCUUCUGCAGGGUCCGUUCACACUGCACAUCAAUCCCCCAGAGGUGCUGCCUGCCAUGGAGGCGCUGGGGGAAUUCACCUCCCUCAUCUCUGGCACCGUCUCUCCUCCAUCUCCCUUCGACCUCCUGCCUCCUCCCAUCACUGUGGGUUUUCUCAAGCUGUCUCGCCCUUGCUGCUAUGUUUUCCCUGCCGGCCGCGGUGACUGCGCCUUCUUUGCUGUGAACGGUUUCACGGUGUUGAUGGACGGCGGCUCAGACUCCCAGGCCUGCUUCUGGAAGCUGGUACGCCACCUCGACAGAGUUGAUGCAGUCUUGUUGACGCACAUCGGGACGGAGAAUCUCCCGGGAGUCAACACCUUCCUGGAGAGAAAGGUGGCUGAGCUGGAGAUGAGCUCUGAUGUCAAAGAUGACUCGUCAAAGAAGCUCAUCUCCCCAGAGCUGGGAGUUGUAUUCUUUAACGCCCCCAGCAGGUUGCAGGUGGAGGAACAGCCUUGUGUUGACAAUGUACUGAGGAGCACACACCAGGCAGCCCUCACCCUACAGUUGUUGAAGAAGUUAGACAUCAGACCACAUCCUCUGAUCCGACCACAAGGGGUCCCCAUUGAGCCACUCACACUGUUUCAAAAAAUGGGAGUGGGACAGUUGGACUUAUAUAUCCUCAACCCAGGCAAAAACAGUGAGGAGUACCAGACAUUCAUGCAAAACUGGCCUGCUGCAGUGUCAUCAGCAUCCAAAUCCCAAACUCUCCCUCUCCCUGCCCUGGCCUCAGUGUCUGCCCUGCUUGUGUGGCACCCAGCGUGUACACAGGAGAAGGUGGUCAGGGUGCUGUUCCCUGGUAUUACCCCGCAGGCGAAGCUACUGCAGGGGCUAGAGAAGCUGAAGGGGCUGGCAUUCCUCCAGAAACCCACUGUGACCACCGGGGAUCUGGAGAGGCUGGGGGAGGAAAGACAGACCAAGAGGACUGAGAGCCAGGACAGUGGGAGGUCACAAGGGAAGGAGUCGACACCCAAACAAGGAAAGGAUCGGGGAGGGAAAGAAGAGGGAAAGGAGGUAUUUGUACGGGAAAAAGGCAAAGUAUUUAAUGGACUUGCAACAAGAGACGCUGACAAAAGCAGAAUCAAAGAGGCCGGUGCAAAGCAAAAAGCAGCAGCAUCAGAGAAGAAUAGUUCAAAAAAGGGUGGAGGGAGGGAUGGAAAAAAAGAGGAGAAGGCUGGCAAUAAAGAAGAGAACAGUGUUGUCAGGAAUGAUCACGGGAAAAAGGAUCUUGUCACUCCUAAACCAAAGACUGAAAAUAAAACUAAACUUAAAAAGGAAGCAAAGAAUGACUCUAAAAUGGGGGCAAAGAAAACAAAAAAACCACCAGGAAAGGAUACAAGCAAUGGCAAGAAGGCACAUGCAGACACUGAAUUGUCAAAAAACAACUUAACAAAACCCAAUGCUAGGACUGUGUCAGAAACCCCAGAGCCAGAUGCAGAGCAGCAGCAUCAAAAACACGAGAAAGAGCCUGAAGAGAACCCUUGUGGCUCCAAAUUGUCUUCCCCUGAGGAUAUGACAGCUGCUUUCCUCCAGCUCCGGGCGGAGAGUGAAAGGGAAGACGCAGAGAAAGGAAAUAAAAAAAUCAGCGAGUCAGGUAAUGGAAGGAUCGCUGGAGGUUUGAAGGAAGAGGUAGUUAAUGAAGCUGCUGAUACACGAGGGGAAGAAGCAGCAGGUUGCACAGGGCUGAUGGGAGGGGAGAGUGUUGAUAAUGGAGCACAAGAAAAGCCUUGCACUGGAGAGAAAGCUGAGCAAGACCAGUCUGGGAACUCGUCUAAGCCAGCAAAGGUUUUAGGAUUUCCCUGUCCCUUGAACAAAGCACCAAUGACAGAACAAACAGUCCAGCAAGAUAUAACCCCAACCGAAUACACUCUCCUGGAUGGGGCUUUGAGGAGCAGCCCUCCCUCCCGUUCGUCUCCAGACAACAAGGCAGCCAACAGCCCUGAUGAGGAGACCGUAGAGCAAGCCUCCCCUGACUCACGGCCCAACAGUGCAGGCCACACUCCUUACUGUCUGUCCCCGGCUGAUGUGUGGUGCAACAGGGCCACUCUCAGCCGGUUACAGGCGCAGGGGGACUUAGACGCAGCUGAUGUCAACCAGCCAAAUGGAUCAUCCAAGCAAUGUGAGGAGCAGCCCAAAACGGUCACAGAGAGCAACUCGAAUCCCAGAGAGAAGCAGCUGAGCUUCCUUUCUUUGGGUUCGUUUAAAGACGGAUCCUCCGACCCCUCUCCCUCUUUCACUACCACGACCACCACACACUCCAUGCCCGCAGAGGUGAGCUCACCUCAGUCCACAGAAGUGGACGAAUCACUGUCGAUGUCCUUGGAGCAGGGACCAAUCUAUGUGAGCCAGAGAGACGGGGACGACAGUGUUCAGCACUCCAACUCCAAUAGCAGCCAUUGUGCGGGGAUGUCUCUUCCAGCUAAAAAGGCUCCAAGGUCUUUAGGGCAGGGUUCAGAUAUGGGACGCCCUCCAGCUCCGAACACGCUCCAUUUUGAUGCGUCAGCUCACGAUGUGGAUCUGUGUCUGGUUUCCCCCUGCGAGUUCAAGCAUUUCAAAGCACCCGACUCGAGCUCAGGUGGGAGUGAGCCCUUCAGAGGAGCCUUUCAUCACAGCCACAAUAACAACAACCCAAAGGAAGCGUCCCCCAGCGAGUCAAACGCCCCUGUCAUCACCGAGGACUGUCCGUCCACCACAGCAGAUGGCGCUCUGGACUCGGAUGAGGACGAGUCUUGCAGCGAGCCGUCUAACUCCCCACAUGACCUCCGCACAAGUCGGGCUCUGCCUCAGGACCCGCCUCCAGCCCCUCUCAGGGAUAGUCCACCCCUACCCCCACACCCUGACGCCUCCAUGCCCGUUCCUCAGUCUGACUCUGACGCUAACGGGAAGAGGGCAAAAGGGGCCGGCAUGCGAGGGAAAAAAACGCCAGCGGUUAUUGAAGCUUCCCAAAGAUCAGGCUCGGGUAAAGGCAGGACAGGGAGUCAAAGUGGAGUGGCAAAGGUCUCCUUGACUCGCACCCCUUCCUCUAGCAACCGUUCAGCACCAGCAAAGUCCGCAGCCAAUCCAGGCUCCAAAACUACCUCUAAUGGAGAAGUCAGUGUGUACGUGGACUUGGCCUACAUUCCCUCUGGAUCCUCCUCCUCAACAGUCAGUGUGGACUUCUUCAGGUGUGUUCGCUCCUCCUGCUACAUCAUCAGCGGUGACAGUCCAGAGAGAGAGGAGCUACUGAGGAACACGCUGGACGCACUACUGGAUGGCAAACGAUCCUGGCCUGACACCAUGCAGGUGACCGUGAUCCCGACCUUCGAGUCUGUGCCGAUGCAGGAGUGGUACCAGCAGACCCUGGAUAGACAAAGGGAGCUGGGCAUCACCGUGCUUGGAUCCAAUAGCACUGUCGCCAUGCAGGAUGAGACCUUCCCUGCCUGCAAGAUAGAGUUUUGAAGAAGACUUGGGCAUGCAGCAACAGGUGAUGCAUUUGAGCUCAAGGGUGGGCGUGUGUGCGUGUAAGAUAGAAAAGUAGGCUAAACGAGCGACAGAAAGCUAAAGUAAAAAACAUGUGUUGUGGCUACAUAAAGAGAAUGGAUUGCCCCCUCGUGCACGAACACAACUGAUUGGAUGAUGACACCCCAGCUUCUUCUGAAUCGCUUCUUUUUUUGGGCAACGUUUGCACCCAAACAAGUAAUUUCUCUCCAUCCUCGGAGAACUGUUCCUGUGGGGAGUGUUGCUUUUUUUUCUUUCUCUCUACCCAUGACCCUGUGCAAAACAGGAGAGGAAAUCACACUGGCUGCUAGAGAUGCAUGUCGGGCUGCAAACAUGUGGAUCCACAUGAAAGCUGUAGAUUAGUCAAUUAAGUUAGCACACACGGGGUUAAAAGGGACAAUGUGUCAGCUUGUCCUCUGUAUACUAAGUAGUAGUUUUUGCUUGGUUAAAAGCUUUUAGUGCAUUUUUUUUCCUUUCACUUAAAUCAACCUGCUCCAGACAGCAUCUGUCGUGUUUUAUUUGUAAAUGAAUGCAGGAGAAUUAAAAGAAAGUCUUACAUUGUGAUUGUAACCAGUGGUGUAGUGCAAGGGUAUACACAGGUAUAUGGAGUAUACCCACUUGUUUUUCAGUCUCCAUAGGGUAUACCCACUUCUAAAUACCCUCUGAUUCACACCAUUGAUUGAUUGAUUGACAAUAUUCAGUAGUAUGCUGCAAUUACUGUCCUAUACUGGUGAAAAAUAAAACAUUUGUGGUAAAUUAAAGAGUAUACCAUCUUCUUCAGGCACCCCUUUCUGUAAGGGAAACACAGCGUGUGGUCAGGUGUGGGUUUUUAGCACUGUAAGCAAUCGAGCUGUGCUGUCUGUUGUACCUGCUUAAAAAAAAAAGUUUUGCGUCACUGCAGCCUCACUUUUGACCACCAGACUGAAAGGACGUGGAGUUGUAAAAAAAAAUCAGAGAGGAUUGGACAAAUCUGAUGAUAGUGAGUGAUAAUCGCCCACUUGAUUUGAGAUUACUCAGUCUGAGUGUGCAAAGAUAAAUCCUUCAACAGGGAUUAGAAGAGAACCAGAUUAAAUGUAAUAGCAUUAAAGCGCUCAUCUUAUUAAAAAUGGUAAUUAAUUAUAAUCCAUUACAACUGCUUAAAAUCAUCAGGAAUGAGACAGUAAACGCUUUGGUAUGCAUUUUUAUCUUACUAUAAAUACGUGAUGAUAUGUAUUUGUGGAUAUGGUCAUACGGUUUAUUUUACAUGAAUAUUUUGCACUGCAGAAACACUUGGUGUAGUCACAGUGGGUGGUAACCACAGCUUCAAAGUAUGUAAAUACUAAAUACAGAUCAUUUCAGUAUUAGAUUCUAUUCCUUAUUGGAAACUAUCAAAGCUGACACUUAAUGAUUCUACACUGAUUUGCUGUAAUUGACGAACACACUGUAAAUUGAAUGGGUCCAUAUUUUCUUAGAAAGCUGCCUGAAAUUUAAAGCAUAAUCUUGAACUAGUUAAAGGGACAAUAAAUGCAAUGUGCAGGUCAAAAUUCCCAUCCAUGUUUUUGCAUAAAAGAUUACAAGAAGACAUAUAGACCCAAGAGUUGUUUUUUAAAUAAAUGACACAUGAAUAAUUUGAUUCUGCUUAAAUGCUGCCGCUCCUUCUAGGACAUUGUUCUGGAAAUAUAUCACUGCUUACACUCACAGCACAAACAACACAAUAUCAUGAAAUGAAAUGAUUAGGAAAUGACAGAAGCAGAAAAGAAAAGCAGAUUCAUGAUGGAUGACAUCCAUAGUUUUCCUUUUAAUUCAUUGUGUCCUGUUUGAAUGUCUUUACAAUCCAGAGGGAUGUAAAGAAAUCAGGAAUAAUCCUCUUUGUUACUUUUCAAUGUCAUGGAAAGUUCUCACACAUGUGAAUGGUUUUUUUUAACACCAUAGCACGACAUACCAAACACACCACUAAGCAUUGUCCUGCCUGUCUGAAUGCUGCCUCCAAAGUAUAUUUAUGCAACUAUUACAUGUUUUAUUUGUGAAAAUCCUUUGUAUGUAUUUAUUAUUACUUUCACAUUAUGUUCAUUACAACCCUUCAAACUCUCUCCUACAUGUGACACAGUUUCUGAAAAAGGCAGGCAGGUUAAAUGAAAUAUUGAGAUUUGAGUUAGAAUGGAUAACCGGAACUUGAACUCCACUGUAGCGAAGUGAACUGUAACUAUCUGUAUGUGUCUGCAUGUAUUAACUAUUGUAUGUACUGUUUGAUGUUUCAUUCAUGAUAUUCAUGAAGACAGAGAGCAAAGCACUAUGGGAGAGCAGAAUGGUGGGAUGAAAAACGAGGGUUGAACACGGACAACCUUUCACUUUGUAAUUGUGUGUAGUCGAACACAGUAACAAUGUCAACAUAUGUGGAUUUUGGGGGGGACUGGGAUGAUGAAUAAAGAAUGUGCA